AUGAGCUUUCCUUUUACCUCCAGUGAGCUUCGUGAUCUCAUUGAGAGGCUUGAAAGGUUGGAAGUUUGGCAGAAGAACCAGGAAUCUGCCAGUUCGUCGAAAGGGACAGGGAAAGGUUAUCGUAGAGGUGAUCCAAAGGCCCGUGCUGCAGCUGCGAGCACAUCCAUUCCCAAAACUACCUUCCCGGGCAUUCCUCAGCUUGCCCGUUUGUGGAUGUUGGAAAAAGAGGCAGGACCAGACUUUGUUGGCCCUGAGUUCCGAACCCUUGAUCAGGGUCCAGGGCCAGUUCCGGCCUUUGUGGAAGAGCAGGCGGCUUUUAUUGCUUGGGAUCAGACCGAGGCCUUGAAUCGUGUCCACCUUGCGUUUUCUGCGGGCUUUUGGGCCAGACUUGCAUUGGAGACUUUCACGGAUCAGAUUGCCCCGGCAGUGAUUUCUGAGAAAAGUUCUCACUUCAUUGUUCUCCGUGCUUGUGGGCUCGGCGGUGCCGUUCGAUUUGGAUCUGAGGCUGAUUUCAAUCACUUCCGUCAGCAGAUUUUUGCAGGAGGUUGUGUAUUUCACGGUUUCGAAACAGAGACAGAGAUUGAAGUCUUUUGCCAGGGCCUAUUAGAAGAAUCAGAUGAUCUCCCGACCCCAGUUGCAGUCAGUGAGUGGCUUCUUCAGAGAUCUGAUGAUAGGACGGGUUUUUACUCCGCUCAAGAAGACCAGGAAACAAACCCUCCAAAAGCUGCUACUGCGCCCAAGAAAGCCGCUGCCAAGAAAGUAUCGAAUGCAAUGAUUGCCGACCAAUUGACGGCAGUGGUUGCCCAACUUCAGCUGAUCACUCAACGUCAGGAUCGCAUGGAACAGAUGGCAAGCUCUUUUGCCGCCGAUGCGCCAGGACAGUAUGUUGGGCCGGCUUCCAAACUGCCGGCUGUGUCAACAGGGUUGCCGAAUCCCAGUGGCGUAUCACAGACCAUUGGAGCAAAAGCACUGAGCCUAAUAGGACCUCCUCCCAAGACGAAAAAUGUGGUCGGGCCCCAAUGUGCAGCCGUUGUCGAAGGAGACGAGCCGUACGAUGCCUUGCAGCCCCAAGAAGGUUCAGAUGGAAUGCUUGCUGCACUGACCAACCAGAGCACAGCGCUGACGGCCUUGGUAGCUCACCUGACGGCCCAGUCAGGGGACGUCCUAGGAGAUCUUGCUACACCAGGGCAAGUUGGGAGUUCAACAAAAGGCGUUCAACGCAGAGAGAAAAUGCAGAACGAUCUAGCUUGUGGAAACAGCCAGUAUUUCUUGCAGAUGAUGCAGCAAUUGCACCGCAGACUUCAUCCCUCCAAGCCGGUCCCUCAGACAGAGGAAAAUCUGAAAUCCCUGUCGGUGCUGCAAUACCUAGAAAGGCAAGGAGGUUACCGGAACAAUCGGGAAUUAGGUUUAGUUGCCUGGGUACUAGGUCAUGCAAUAGAUGCUGCGUCAGCAGGAGACUUUCAUAUGACGAAGGAACUGCUCGCUUUGCUGAUGGUUUCGGUCGAACAAGCUGUGAUCGACAGAGGAGACUGGACGCUGGCCUUCAUGCUGACCUUGAUGGAGGAACCCCCAAUCCAAGUUUUCCAAGAUCGGACCGCCAGCAUAGCUCACCAUGCGAGGCCUUUUGGCCCCCUAGUUCCACCGCCGUGGACUGCAGUUUGCCUAGCUUAUCUGAAAGAUCUGGAAGUGCUUUCCACAAAAAAGGGGGAGACAGCAAAACGCAGUGCAAAGGCGCCCUCCCAAACCGAAGGCAGUCCAAGCACAGCAGCUAUCGAACCGGAUCGCGAAGCAUCCCCGAAGAGGAAGCCGAAGUUUCCUCGCAAGCCAAAAGCAAAGGACACGCUCCUCCUUUUCAGCUUUUCUUCAUGCCACUUUGCACCUGCAACGAAGCACUGUCAUGAUGUGCCACUUGACAACAGUUUGUUUGAUGAGACCGAGCCCUACAGAACGCUUGAUGCUAGCCGUUUGAAGGUGGUUGGCCCAGAUCUUCUUGAUCUGUUCGUAGAUGCACGUAAAGAGAUUCCUAUAGGCCUCCUGAAAGAUACCCAAGCUAUGGCCUCCUUUGCAUGUGCCAAGCAAGCUGCCAAGAAGAGUCGUAUCGUUGGUGGUGAUGGAGUUUGCGAAGGACUGGUAAUUGAUGAUUACUUUGCAAUUGCGAAAGUAAGCCAGUUGACUCAUACGACAGUUGCAACAGAGCUGUGCUUACUGGGCGUCUUGGCGCCUCUCUGCGUGGCCGAUGUUGCCGCUGACUUUUGCACCGAGCUGUUUGCGACAGAUGCAUCACUGAACAAGGGAGCAAUCGUCAGGAGCCAUAUUGACAAGGAACUGGCCACCUGCUUGUGGCGUUGCUGCAGAUCCAAGGGUGGUUAUUCCAAACUUCUAUCACCAUCUCAAUCAGUUUUGGCACGUGCUCUGGAUUUCGAAGAGAACGAGCCCUACGUUUCUGACAGCAUUAAGAGGCCUCUGGCUUACCGUUUUGACUUCAUCGAGGUUUUUGCUGGAGCUUCAGUUGUGACCAAAGAGGUGGCUGCAUUGGGGUUUACUGUUGGUCCUCCUAUUGAUUUGUCUUUUAGUGCUGAGCUGGACGUUGACAAGCUGCAUGUGUUGGAAUGGUUGAUUCACCUGGUGACCAACGGUAAGUUCACGAAAGCCUCAGCAACUUAUGUCCAUGAUCUUGCAGUUGCACUAGCUAAGGUGAUGGCCUGCGGAAUCCUGCGCCUUGCAGCUUUUGAAGAAAGCCUUGCACAUGGUUCAGUGGAUGGUCUGGAAAGCCAGAUGCUGAACGAUUUGUGCUCGUCUCAGAAGUGGGAGCUGGUGUCUGUCUGGUUGAACCCGUCUGAUGAUCCUACACGUGAUGUGGUUUUGAGGGACCCAACUCCGGGCCUGGACUUAGCCGCCUGGAGUCGCAGGGACCUCUAUCGUUUGGCUGCGUUGCCUCGCUUAAAGAGAUGGGCUUCAAAUUGGACUCGGCUCAUCCUUCGUGUGUUAGGGUCGCCUGCCCUUUAUCUCACUGACCAUUCCCUGUAUCCUAUGUGUGCUUUCCCUUUCGGUGUUGUCUCCGACUUGCCUCUUUCUUCCGUGCUCCGCCUUCCUUCCUUGGAUUUCGAUGCCACCUUGGGCUACCCUGGUGAAGGCCUCCUUUGCAGGAUGGGAGACCUGUACUUGGAGUCACAAGCAAACAACGAGACACGUUGA